AUGAGUGAGUCUCACUGGGAUGAAUGCAUGAUUUGCUUGGAGCAUAUGCUACCAGAUCACCAUAUCGGAAAUAUACCAUGUUGUGCCAAUAAAUUCUAUCACCAGGAUUGUAUUGAGAUUUGGGCAUCUAAAUCUAACAGUUGUCCCACAUGCAGAAACAACUUUCAUCAAAUAAACAUUCUGCUCAUGUCCAAACCAGGCGUGAUUGCAAAAACGAUCCAGAUUCAGGAUAAACUACUACCCAACCCCGCGAUUAACCAAAUCCCGUCGCAAUUUAUAAUCGGCUCGAAUGAGCACCGUAACGAUGUGGAAGAUACCAGCCCUUAUGCUUCCGAUGCAGGGUUUUGUUGUCUUUGCGCGGUAACGAGACGUAAUUCACCGCUAUUAUUAUGUCAGCAAUGUGCGUCCAACUUUCAUAUCAAUUGUCUCGGGAUCAGUGAUGCGGAAACCGACGACUAUUUCAGCUGGUAUUGUCCCAUGUGUGACUGCCACCAAGAAACAAUCUUGCCUAUGCGACCAGUACGGAGAGCUCUAUUUUCUGGAAUGACAAGACGACAACCACCAACUUCCAGGAGAUUAGUUAUACGGAAUGAAAAUGAUGAAAUCGAUGAUAGCUUUUUAUACAAUGAUGAACCGAUGCCUGCGUUUAGCAGCAUGCGGAUGCAUCAUGAUGAAGUACCGAGAGCCAGUAACGUGAUCAAUGGUGGUGUAAUUUUGCGAAGAGAACAAAAAAUGAGACUGCGAUUGAGUGAGGAAGAAGUGAGUUCAUGGAAUAUGUUUGAACAAGCUCGCAAGCAAGGUGAUGGUGAUGUGAGCAUGGUUGUCACCUCGUCCUCAGCAGCUCAAGAUGGAAAUAAGCGCAGGCGAAGGAGAAAAAGAGCGGCUGAGCUUGUACAGCCAUUAGAACAGCCCUCGAUAUCUCCCCAACAAUCAGUGGCAGCAACAUUAGGAAAUUUGUCCGUACAUGAAAGUCGAAUAUCAAAUCUAAUUGGUCAAUUAAAACACCCAAAACGGCAACACAAUUCCCUGGCCCUAACGUCUUCGUCAUUGUCAUCAGCAGGACCACUAACACUGGCGCCCUCAAAUAUGAUCCCAUCUUCAUCGGCAUCCGAAUCAGCCGCAUCAAUAACUAAUAGUCCUAUGGAGUCAACCAACUACUCGAGUGAUGAUAACGAGUACAUUCAACGGCGUGAGUUGACUUUGAAGGAGAAGCAAGUGAUUCAGAAAAUUGUACAAGGCAGGUUGAAGCCCAAGUACAAACCGGGCCCAAGUGAAGGGGGUUACAUUACAAAUGAGGAAGAAUUCAUUGCAAUUAAUAAGCGUAUAUCUCGAAACAUUUACGCGCAUAUCAUCAACGCAGUUGAUGACGUGGAUGAGUAUUUCAAAAAUGAAGAAAAAUUGAGAAAAGUUGUAAAUGAGUAUAUAGAGUGA